AGAACAUGGCAAAUGAGAUGGUCCAAUUACAGAAAGAAAAGGAAACGCUUCAGAAGAAUUUGGCAGAAUUAGAGCAAGAAAAGAAAACUUCCAAUUUCUACUACAUCUCUACUGAGAAGAAGAGCUGGAGUGAGAGCAGAAAGUUCUGCAGAGAGAGAGGAGCAGACCUGGUGAUCAUAAACAGCAGAGAAGAACAGGAGUUCAUCAGUGAAGCAUUUGGCAGCUCUGAAGCUUGGAUUGGUCUGAGGGAUGUUGACACAGAGGGGGUCUGGAAAUGGGUGGACAAAUCAACACUGGCCGCUAAGUUCUGGUGGACAGGGGAACCCAAUGAUUAUGGACGAAAUGAGGACUGUGCUGUAACUGGCUAUAAAUAUACUGGAUCUGAACGAGUCUCAACCUGGGCUGAUUAUUCCUGUGAUCGUCCUGCAGUUGGAAUCUGUGAGAAAAGAUUUUAGUUUAGUCUACAUGAGGGUGAACAGCAGGACCUGAGUUUGUCUGUACGUUUAAGAUUAUAUAUGAUAUAUUUUACACUCAUACAGCAUUUAUCUUACAUUUUUGAAAAAAUAUGGAUUUACUUGCAUCAAAGAAAAUAGUAAACUUUUGAAUUCUGCCUGAACUUUUGUAGCAAAUCAGUUACUGCCUGACAAGCUUUUGAGCCUGGCACUUACCCCCACCCCCCCAACAC